UGAAAUCUUGUCCCAAGGAGAUGAAGUCGUCUCUCGACACCCAAAACGGAGCAAUCCCGAAAACCCUGCUCACUUUCCAUCCGUUUCAAGCAAAGAUUCAGUCUUACCAAUGCCUAAUCUUCCUGUAGAGUUUGUCACUGAGAUCUUGUCCCAUGGAGAUGAAGUUGUCUCUCGAUACCCAAAACGGAGCAAUCCCGGAAACCCUGCUCAAUGUUCAUUUGUUUCAAGCAAAGAUUCAGUCUUGCCAAUGCCUAACCUUCCUGUAGAGCUUGUAACUGAAAUCUUGUUUAGGCUUCCGGUGAAAUCCCUCUUACAAUUCAGGUCUGUGUCAAAAUCUUGGCUUUCCUUAAUCUCUAGCCCUGAAUUUGUGAAGAACCAUCUCUUAUUAUCCGCUAGUAACAAGGACUACACCCACUAUGGAGUUAUGUUUAAGGUUGCUAGUAGCGCUAUCCAUGUUGUCACAGUCUGUUCUCUUAGCUCUUUACUUCACCAUCCUGUAAAGGAGGCAAUUGACUUGGAUUAUCCAGGUAAAUAUCCCAAAGACCAUCGCUAUCCUCGGAUUGUGGGUUCUGUCAAUGGAUUGAUUUGCCUUGCCAAUAGUCUAUUUAACGGAGUACAAGAAUUGUUUCUAUGGAAUCCAUCAACUAGAAAGUAUAAUAGACUGCCUAAUUAUAGACUUCAUCGACCCCGUGGUCACUGCUGUUUGCAGGAACAUCGUGGUAAGUGCAACUUUGGUUUUGGAUAUAAUGAGCUCCAAGAUGAUUACAAGAAAACUUUAUUGGCUUCAAAACAGAGGGAAUAUCAGUUCUAUUGACUUGGGUAAUGAGAAAUGGACAGAGAUAGAAAAGCCUUUCAGUUUUAAGGAAUAUGGUUAUUUCGUACUAGGAGUGCUUGGAAGUGAUCUUUCUGUGUUGUGUAAUUACAAGAAUUUUCAUGCAGAUGUUUGGAUUAUGAAGGACUAUGAAGCAAAAGCAUCUUGGACAAAGAUGCUUACUAUCCGUGCUGAUAAUGAUGGUAUGCUACAUAUACGUGAACCACCCUUGUUAGUGACAAAUGAAGGUGAUAUUUUACUUGAAAUUGGAUCACGUAUGGCGAAAUAUAAUCCAAAGGAUAAUUCAUUCAGAUGUCUAGAUGUUACUAACUUUGCUCCAUAUAUUGAGGCAGAAAUCUACGUUAAGAGUCUAGUUUGUCCCUUUUCACAUAAGGAUCAACGCAUGCAAAAACAACGGAAGUUCCUAUUACUCAGAUGAAGACAACCGUGUGACUAAUAACAUGAUACUUGAGUUGGUUCGUCUGAAGGAACCUUACUCUUUGUGGAGAGGCUCAACAGCUUGUUCAGGAGCGCAAUUCCAGCCGUCAUCACUAUGAGCAUGACUACAAUGUUAUUCAACAAAGAGUCAGAAAAGAGUAAUUAGAAGACGGUUCGAGUAUGAUUUACAGUUUAUUGAAGUGUUCAUCUCUUUCCCGAGCACAAAACAUAGAUAACUUGGGUAUGCAUAGACUGCACAAAAAGAGAAAACAAUGAAACUUUGCUGUUUUUACGUGCAGACAGACACUUGGUUUUCCUCUCCUAUGUUUUAUUGUCUCAAAUUUAUUAAGUACUGGAUUGUUUCUUGUUUGCUUUCAUAAAAUUGCGUACUUUUUUUUUUCUUUUUCCGUAAAGUGAAUGUUCAAAAUAGUAAGUGAAGUUUGAUUGAAGGGUAUAUAAGUCAUUCACCCUUGCCAACGAAAGCAA